GGUUUGACUGUACCUUCAUUUUGUCGACCUCCAGCUUCAUUUUUAUCAACAACUCGACCUCGGAACCUUCCAGGAUUCGACAUACAGUCAUCUUUCAGGAUUUAAUCUCCAAAUGCAUUUUAGAAGUCCUCUUCCAGCUACCUCUCAGGAGUCGACCUCUGCUACCUGAUAUGAGUCGACUAGGAUGAUUUCUUUCCGCUACCUUCAUUUAAUAAACCCUCUACGUUCUCUCUUCAAAUCAAACACCGUAUACUACAGUCGAAUCAAUAACCGCGUAUCGUCUAUGAAUCAUACCUCGACCUGCUUACCAUUAAAUAGUUCUACAUGCCUCCUACCAAAAUUACUGUACAAAUGUCUCCUAAGAGUCGACCUUCACAUCACCCACCACGAGUAGACUGUCCACAUGUCUUCUACAACAUGGCUUCCACAUACCAUCUACGAGGUCAUCCUCACAUAUCACUCGGCAAUCGUCUCUGCAGUGAAUGUCAAGACCCUGAUGACUCUCCUCUCACAGACCCUUUCAAAUAUCAUCAGUUUCUGCAGCUUCUCUUCUGAACCUCCCAGUUGCAUCUUGUCAUCCACGAACAGCGACUGUGACAGGAUAAUCUGCUGGAAGUGUGAGACCACUCCUCCUGCGCCCCCCCCCCCUACACGUCUGAUCACAUUCGGCUCCCUGUUGGAAGAUCUGAAGCUGUUUCAAGACGACAGUGUACCCAUCGUUAUUUUUAACUAUUUAUUGAUACAGAGAUACUUCCUAUAUGGACACAGGAAGCUAGACACUGGCGUCACCCGGAAAGUGGAGACUCAGAGUGACUUUUUAAAGCCCAGCUUUGGUUAAAACAUAAUAAGAAAGUUUUUCCUUUACAUAAAAUGCUUUUGAAUUGCAUGAUGUGUAAUAGAAUACGAAUCUUUUAGAUUAUGUAGAUGACGUGAUUAUUUUGAUUACUAUACAUCAAUUCACAGAUAUCCAACACUUUCCAAAAGGAAAUUCUAUACGACGUUUCGGUCGGUCCUGGAUCAUUAUCAAAUCAGUGGUCACUUGAUAAUGAUCCAGGAAGGACCAAAGGUCGUUUGAAGUUUCCUCUCGAAAGUGUGGCUUAGUUGUAAAUUGUUCCAGCAACGGUACCAUGAUUUUGUAGUUUAUUUUGAAGUGUUACAGCCACGAUAUUGUGCCACAUUUUCUUAUACAAAACCCUCUCUAUAAUGAAACUAUAAGAUAUAACUCUAUAAGGCAAAAAAAAUUAAAUGCGAGAUUUGAGAAAAAUAA